UGGGUGCGUAGUAUGUAUACUUGCAACAGGCCAGGUUUCAUAGAUCCAUUUGUAAUAGUGUGGACAGUGUGGUUUGUUUCGAAACGCGUUCCGUAUUAUUUCUUUCUCGAAAUAAAUAUAUGCGUUUGAUUUCGAAGAGAGUUAGUGGACGAUUUUUAUCACCGAGUGUUUCGAGAAUAGAACAGUACCGACCUGCCUGCGAUAAACAGGGAAUACUCGGAAAUAAUCGGGUACAUAUCUACAGGCCAUUCUGUCAACUCAGUGAGCACGAAAGAUGGAUCAAGGAUUUCCGACGGUACACACCACUACCACCACGGUGACGACGAGCUCGACGACCACACAUCCAAUCAUAAGAUUCGAUCCGUAUUAUACAAGAACAUUGCCGGGAAUGCUGAAAGUCGCCCAGGUGGUCUUAAAUCUCCUCGGAUUUAUAUGCAUCACGGUGUCGAGUCAGAGCAACUCGAGUCGCGGAGGGUGGUUCAAUACCGUGGCUAUGAUCGGUUUCUGGUUCACUGGAAUUCUACUUGUCUUCUACCUCUUCCACAUCGUUGAGAAAUUCUCAAAGAUUCCUUGGCUGAAAAUCGAAUUUAUAUUCUGCGUGAUUUGGACCGCGUUCUAUUUGCUGGCUGCUGCCCUCGCGGCUGAUUAUGCUCGGUACGUGGAGGCGUUCGGAGUUGCAGCGUUCUUCGGAUUUUGCGCUAUGGUGGCCUACGGUUACGACGCCUGGUUGAAGUUCCACGCGGCAAGGAGCGGUGCCUUAGCGCAGGGCCAGCACUCUCCUAAACAAGUGUCGACGGUGACGAGCCCUACGUAUUAAUUUAUAACGCGAAACUAUCGAAUGGACCAGUUUCAAGACAUAUCGUAGCUUUUACAGAGUGGAUUCACUCCAGCAGAUCUAACCGAGCUGUUCGUUCCGAGUCGGUCGAAAGGUUCAGAGGUCGAAACGCUAACAAUCAUGUAACAGGGCACAAAAGAUUUCGUUCAUUUCGCACAUUCUCUUGUUUCCAGGAUGUAUAUAUGUACUUGCAUACGUAGAUACAUACCGUGUAAUCAUUACCACACGCACGAUACUCGGUAUUUUCAUAGAACUUUGUAUGAUAAAGAGAAGGUAACGCAUAUUUUUCGAUGUCUCUCAUAUAAUAUAUAUAUAAUAUAAAUUAUAUACUUGUACAUUGCGCCGCGAGUUUUUCAUGUUUGCUCUCGAAGUUCGAAGCAACAUUUUUGAACGUAUAUAUAUACUUGUAUGCUUGUACAAAGGAUAUACACGUUUUAUCAGUACUGUGUUCAUCGUCGUGAAUCGUUGACAGAUUUCUACACGUUUUAUAUUUAAUUUCGUAUCAUGAUAAUUAUGUAUUAUCUCAUUCCCGAUUAAAAUGACAGAUGGGCGGACGGUUUUUAUUUCCGAUUGUCCACGAACUGUUAAACGGAACGUUCGAUUAAUUAUUUGUUUGAUUUCAUGUGUCACGUAAUUAUUUUUAUGUCUCAUGCAUCACACAGUUAGGGAUUAGGGAUAAGUGAUAAUCGUAGUAAUUUAUCGAUCUUUCUCAUUGAUAUUAAGCAGUGCGUCGGAUUCUAUUUUCGUUAGUUUUAUUCGACGAACUCGAUAAAGGUACCUACAUUUAUAUUUACACGAUAUGAUACGUACUAAUUAAUUCUAAUUACAUAUUUUGGAUAACAUCGAUUCGAUGGUGAUCACGACGGAGUUUGUAUUUACUAGAUUGAUACUUAAUAAAAUAGAAAUCAUUCGAUGUUACUACUUGAA